AUGACCAAAGACAGGCAACAUAUCAAGUGGUACCGCGAAUGGGCCAAGUGUUUCGAAGCAACACUUAAACAGCAGCCGAAGGAGACACUGACUGUGAGUUGCGAGGGCUUGCAAAUCCAGGAGAUUGAAUUUGGCUUUGGACUGCACGAAGCACCGCUCGGCCGGAAAGCCUGGAUGAAUCCUUAUCAAUUUGUCACUCUACCGAAGGCUUUCUUUGAUGACCUUCGCCUCACCUCUGACCUGACGAAAAACUUAAGCUUCUUAGCCCGAAAUGAACAGCAAGGAAGAACUCUGACCACCAAGUUGAUAGAGGCUAUUUACAAAGAGCUUCGAUAUGGUGGUUUUAUAGGGCCCGAUGAUAUGACGAUGACAUGA